AUGGGAGAGCCGAACACCAGUACUACUUGGGAAACUUUGGCGACAGAUGCACAAGUUCCUACACCUCCUGACUUCUCUCAUCUUAAGAAGUGGUUAUCUGCGAACAAUGUAUCCCGCAGGCAACACAUAAAAGACGUAGAGAAAGAUGUUCAGAACAACUCACUCAACGAGGAGGAAGGACCUCACAGGCAACUGAUAAAAGAAGAAGAGGAAGAUGUUCAAAACAACUCACACAACCAGGAAAGACCUCGUGUUGCUCAAGUUGUAAUUACAGAUCAUAUAAUAGAAGGCUGGCUUCUCGAGCGUCUUCCUGAGAAGUCCAUAUGUAGAUUCAAAUCUGUGUCAAAACAAUGGAAAUCAAUGAUCGAGUCCAGCUAUCUGGCCAAGAAACGUCUUGCUCGGUAUCCAAAUCCGAGACUCCUUGUUCUUCGAUUGGAAAUGUCUACUGAUCGCUGUUCAAGAACCAUAUUUUUGGAGAAUAUUUCAAAAGAUAACCACGACCACCACAAACUCAUCAUUUAUACUUAUCAGUUCCCACAUCCAUAUCCAACCAAUAAUGUCGAUGACAAUAUUGGUUGGAUAACGGGGUAUUGCAAUGGUUUAGUCUGCAUCUACGAUUUUGGGUACAUUUAUCUGAUUAACCCUGCAACGAGAAGUCUCCGGAUCCUUUCUCCUACGGUUUUGCUAGAGUACACAGGCCGGUCAGGUUGGCCGGGUGAGUUGCCAAUUAGUGUGGGAUUUGGAAGAGACAUCGUUACAGGAGCAUACAAAGUAGUCUUGAUGUAUUUAUUUGAUGAUAAUAUUGUCAAGGCCGAAGUCUUCAACCUCAACACUGAGGAACGAGGAUACACCAUUUUCCCCCUUUUCUACGAUGAACUUAGCAACGAUAAAUUAUCAGUGUUUGCCAAUGGCUCGCUUUUUUGGCUGUCAUGGCUGGAAACGUCAUAUUAUGGUUUCCGGAAGAAACUCCCAAAGCUUGGAGCCAUAGAUCUUCACACUGAAAAAUUCCGUGAUGUGUUAUUACCAUGUUGGUACACCGAACACUCACAAAGUGUGUACAUAUGGAGCCUAAGAGAACGUUUAUGCCUAUCUGAUGUGCUACAGCAUCCGAAUAUGUACGUUUGGUGUUUGCAGCAUGAAGAUCCGAGUGUUAAGUGGGUAAAGAUCCUUUCUGUUGACAUGUCAAGUAUGGAUUGUUUAGAUCCAAAUUAUUGGAAGCUUGGUCUUGCGGCUUGUUAUCUUAGGCGUAGGAGAAAUGAGCCACAUAAGAACUUUUUGGAGCAUGUCAGUAAUGAACACCGUAGAACUGUGUUGUAUACGGAGAACUUGGUUUCUUCGGUCUAG